CCCCCGGUUUCACAACCGCGGGCACCGGCCGCGCCGCGGGCGGCUCCGCCGAUGUUUCCGUGCCCGGGGCCGGGCGCAUGGCGCGGCCGCCGCCGCUCCCCGCCGCGCUGCUGCUCCUCGCCGCCGCCGCCGGCGCCGGGCAGCCCUGCGGCCCCGCGGGGCUGUCGCGGGACACGGUGCUGGGACGCCCAGGAGCGAACAUCACGUUGACCUGCCGGGACGAGGGGCCGGCGGCGAAUGUCACCGUGUCCUGGCAGGUGGAGGAGCAGGGGGCAGCGGCGGUGGGGGGCCGCAGGCGGCGGCUGGCGGAGGGCAACACGCUGCUCCUGGAGCGGCUGCGCUACGAGGACUCGGGGCGUUACAGCUGCUACGUGGGGGGUCACCCACUGCGUUCCCUGCGGCUGCUGGUGGAAGAGCCCCCCGAAACUCCCCGGGUCUCUUGCUACCGGCGGAGCCACGACAAAGACGUCCUGUGCGAGUGGCCGCUGCGGGCGAAGCCGUCCCCGGGGACACGGGCGAUGCUCUGGGUGAAGCGGAGGUUCGCGGCCGAGAACGCCACCGAGCAGCGGUGCCGAUACUUCUCCAAAGCGCGGAAGUUUGUUUGCCGGGUGAAGGUGCCACCCGGUGCCGAUGACACCAAACCCCUCGUGGUGUCCACGUGCGUCAACAACGGCGCGGGUGGCUCAGCUGGCGAGGACAGGAUCAUCACUCUCAGCAGUGUCCUGAAGCCCGACCCCCCCCUCAACGUGACAGUAGAGGCACUGGAGAAAGCUCCGCAGUGGCUGCGGGUCAACUGGUCCUACCCUUCGUCCUGGGACCCCCGCUUCUACUGGCUCCGCUUCCGGGUCCGCUACCGCCCCGAGCCUGCCCAGGCCUUCACGGAGGUGGACCAGGUGAUGACAACGUGGCUGGACAUCCGUGAUGCCUGGCGGGGGACGCGGCAUGUGGUGCAGGUGCGGGCGCAGGAGGAGUUCGGCCAUGGCGCGUGGAGCGAGUGGAGUCAGGAGGCGGUGGGCACCCCCUGGACAGACCCCAGGGACCUCACCUCUGAAAUGGGACCCUUCAGCUCACAGUUCCCCACGGAGGAUGGCACAUACGGGGUCACGCUGCCCCCUGAGCUCUUCGGGGAAGAUGCUGCUGAUGGUGCUGGUGGUACUGGCAGACAUGGCGCACAGAUGGGCAGCGGGGGGCCAAGCCGGAGGGCGAGGGGCAGCACAUGCUGGUGCCCCUGGCCCCCCCCAGCCCCCCACUCAGUGACACCCCCUUGCUCUUGUCCCCCAGCUCCCCAGUCCCUGGGGCUCUCCAUGUCACCAACUUGGACUAUUUCUUCUCAGGGCAGUAGCCAGGGGCUGGCCACACUGGCAAGUGCCUGCAGGUCAGGCAGGGGUCCCAGGGCUGGGAUGUGGUCCUGGGAGCAGCCCCCCACCCCCCUAUUCAGGAGUGCUGAAAGCUGCCCCCAGGCCCCUUGGCUGGGAGCAGCCUCUGAGGAGGGGAAUCAGUGCAAGCCCCAUGGAGAAGCAGCUGCGGGGCCCCCAAGAUGGGUCCCGGGGGGCAGCUCCAGGGCCAUGGCCAAGCUGGGGUGGCCAGGGGUGAAGGCACUGGAAGCACGGCCAUGCUGGAGCGUGGGAGCAGGGCUGGGCUCUGCCCGUGGGGCCAGGUUUGGGGGGGUCCCAUGGGGAAGGGCCUAGCCCCUGCAGUGCCGUGGGUGUUGGGGGAGGAGGGGGCCUGGCUGGAUCAGCUCUAUCCCUCUGCCCUGGUCCCCCGGGACUUAUUUUUAAAGCACGUGUUGGGGAAAUGUGGCAAAACAUGUCCCUUAAAUAAAUGCCUUGGAUUUGUAA